AUGGUGGACAACAGACCUGCCUCUUUGCAUCAGGAUACGGCCGACUACAUCGACACGUACCACAACCGCAGUCAACCGACAAACUCGCAGACCCAGGGAGCACAGCUCUACUACCAGCCACCACCACUUCGAAGUGAUGAUGGAGCAUCGGCCAGCUCUAGCUCGGAACCACCUGGCCAGUCUGUCGCGGCCGGCACGGCAAUACCGGCCAAUAUUUCCGACCUGGAAGCCAAAGCUGCGGCCGCAACAAUGGCGGGGAAUGCCCCGAGAUGGUCGGUGACAGAAGCAGCCAGGGGGGGGGACUCCCUACAGAGCGCCAUGCGUGUCGGCGCAAACACCAGGACAUUUCAUGGCUACUCGGAGUCGUGUGGACCCCUCAAGACCGACAAGCAGUUCGUCACCCGGAUCGACUUCGGCUACUUGGUGGGCCCUCGCGUGUACCUCCACAAGAACCUUCUCGACCUCCGCCAGAACGACGUGACCCCACGGGCCGCCUUCUACGACACCAACAACACCACAGCACCACGAAUGCCAACCAAGUGCGACAUGAUCGACCUGCUCAAGUCCAACAAGGUGCUGGACAACAUGGACGUCGUGAACCACCACCACCUCCUGCACGACCACAAGGACGACAACUUCGUGGCAAUGCAAACAGGCCAAGGAAGGCCGAGCCGGGCGCCCUCACAAAAGGACGAUGACCUGGAUGAAUCUCCGGAAACUCCAGGCGCUUCUUCCUCCACCGACCCCUUCACGACGGUGCCUUUUGGUGGCAUCCUUCCAGAGACUACACAGGGGAUGUACCUCAACCCCCUGACGGACGUGCAAGUGCUGCUCCGGCAACUACUCCAGAACUACGAAGCCAUGCCGCUGCGAGACCAACGACGCGCAUCCUACCGCAUCCAGGACAUUGUGGACCAAACGAAGCAGCAGCUAAGGAGCUCCGGGGAAGGACCCCAGGAUUCGAACUGGGCCCAGGCCCUGGCUGGCUUGAAAAACGCAUGCACCCAGGCAACCUUCCUGGACCUUGCCAUCGAAGAGAGAGGCUUGGCUCUGAUCCGAGAAGCCCUGGAAGCACUGCUGGUGACAGUUGACCGAACAGCGGCCUACCUCGACCACUACAUCGUCACUAUGAGCCCCACCAACAAUGUACCGGAACGGGGUGGAAUCGCCCGCGGAGCUCGAGAAUUACCACAACAAGCUGUUUUUAGGCGACUUCAAGAUCCUUCGCAACUACCUGCAGCCCCUGGUGCUCCCGCUCAAACCGAUCCAGCACGAGGGCAUUUACAUGACAGUACACAGGGGGACUCCACCCCCUCUCAAAUCUUGCGAGCGCAGCAAAUCCUCGAGAGGAUCAUGCCUUUUCUCGAGCAAGAAGUCGCCGCUCAACUGGCAGAGGCGCAUGGCCUUUUGUUUGCGUGGACAGCAGUACUAUGGGGCUCGCCGAUUUUCCUCCUGGAGAAUGCAGCUGUCAACGGCACCACGGAAGCGCGAGACCACUCUACCGGGGAGGCACCCCUUGGAAGCGGCAAUGCUGACUCGCCGUCCGAUGCACCGACUCAAGCCUUCAGGUCGAGAAGCCCAGCGCCUAGACCCAGAACGGAGAGGAGAACUACCAGACUGGCGAGCACAGGCGACGCAGGAUGCAUGCCCAGGAGUUUUCCAUGCACUGCAGCCACCUUGGCGUCCAAACAAGUCGGCAAGCGCCUGGGCAUACAGGGGGCACCCCCUACGUAG